AUGGCUUGCUGUUACAUAGCUGCCUUCUGUAUCAGCCAACUGGUCAACGCCUGCCAGUUUUUAGAUCUCGACAACUCGAUUCGAUACAAUGAGGACAAGUCCGAGUUGCAGUAUCCGGAGAAGCCCAGAGCAGCUGAUGACCAGAGAGUCGAGAAAAACUCGAUCAUUCUGUCGCUCUCGGGCAUGACUUGCUCUGCCUGUUCAAGUUCCGUCGAGUCUACUCUCAACAGCCUUCUAGGUGUGAAAAAGGCGAGGGUAUCCUUGGCGCUUCAGCAAGCCACUGUCAUCGGGAAGAACCCGACUCUCGACCGAGAAGCGAUCAAGAAUGCGGUUCUUGAUCUUGGAUAUGGGGUAGAGAUUGGGCCUCGAUCACCGAAUGAGAUAAUAGACGUUCUACGGUCCAAAGAGGAAAUUUCUCGGCUUAAGUUGAGUUUCUCUCAGCUUACUCGAUGCGCGACCGUUAUCCAGCUCGUCAGCUUGCUCCUGUCAAAAUUUGGAAGAGACCGACUACCCUCAUUUAUCCUAUUCUUUAUACAUCUAUUUUGCGCAUCCCUUGUCUUAUAUGCACAGAAUCAAUACAUCGCAUGGAUACACAUAGAUGGCUGGAAAUGGGUCCGUGGUGGACAACCGAACAUGAACACGCUCAUCUCCUCAUCCGUCUCCCUCGGGACAGCCUUUUCAUUCCUUGACCUUCUGGUUCGAGGCCCUAUCAAAGCCACACCAUAUUACAGCUCAGUCAUUGGUCUCGCUCUUGUUGUGGUUUCCGGAAGAUAUCUCGAAACCAUGUCCCGCCGGUCCGCGGCUGAGCACUUGAUUCGGGUUUAUCAGCCGCUCUUAGAAGACCAAUAUGUGAAGAUGUACUCAACAGGACAGCUCGUUCCCCAGAGCUUCCUUCGACCCGGAGACGAAAUCAUCAUCGAAUCCUUUUCCACCAUUCCGUGCGAUUGUUACAUCACUCUUGGUUCGGCUUCAAUCAACCAAGCUAUUGUAACUGGCGAGUCCAUGCCGGUCAAAAAAAGUGUUGGUGAUUUCCUUCUUGGCGGCACUCGAAAUAUGGGCGAACAGCUUGUUUGCGUCGUGCACAAAGAACAGGGUAGCUCGUUUUACGCACAGCUGGUGCAGAGCGCCGUUGAAGCCUCCGGAUCCAAGUCGGACGAUUUCCAGUUUUUAGAUCUGAUGAUGAAUUACUUUGUACUCAUCGUCAUGUCUCUGGCUGUUCUGGUUCCGUUGAAAGACAUUUACUGGUCUUCCAAUCCAUUGAACUACACCUUUCUUCGCUUGGCCAUCAUGCGUUGCAUGACGAUCCUAACCUGCGCAUGCCCAUGUGCACUGGGGCUGGCGAUACCCUCGGCAGUCGUGGCAGCGGCUAACGUCGCGAGCCAGAAGGGCAUAGUUCUUACCAAAGGAUUCACCACGAUCCAAAAGCUCCGCGAUACUCAAACCGUCGUGUUCGACAAGACUGGGACCCUCACAAAGGCCACGUUGGACGUUUCGCACUUCCAGACGUCAAAGACAUGGGUUCACCAUACCACAGACUUUUGGACGUACAUCUGUGCAGUCGAGGAGCACACCAUGUCGACACAUCCUCUUGGGCGAGCUAUCUUCUCGGCUGGAGUUGCACACCUCGAUAAUCCUUGGGUCGAGGCUAAGAUGGACCUUUGCACUGAAGGUGUAACGGUGGAGCCAGGUAUGGGUAUCUCGGGGGACGUGUCGAUAGCGAGUCAGCCAUGGCAGCAUGUCACCAUCGGGAGUCUACGGUACUUUCAAUCCUGCGGCAUACUCGAUCUUCCAGAAACCCCCGAGGAGUCCGAUCAUGGAGUGAUAGCUGUUCACAUCGGCGUAGACUACGCGUAUGCCGGAACGCUGUUGGUCACUGACGCCGUGAGGGAAGACGCCAAAGCUACGAUCAGACAACUCGAUCUCAUGGGCUGUGAGACCAAAUUGCUUACCGGAGAUGUGUCUCACUCGGCUCAGCGAGUUUCCCGGGAGCUUGAGAUUCCUGUCUUGGCGUCUGAAGCUAAACCCCAGGACAAGCUGGACUGGAUCAAGCGUCUUCAAAGUGGCGGGGAAAUGGUAACCAUGGUUGGAGACGGAUUGAAUGAUGCCCCAAGCUUAUCUGCCGCUGAUGUCGGCAUUGCCCUUUAUCACGAAGCCGCAACCCCUACAGUGGGUGCAUCCGUCGUGAUUCUCAACUCACGCCUGGACUCGAUCCCCUUACUUCUGAAGAUUGCCAAGCACACUGUCCAGCAGAUCAGAUAUAACCUCGCUUGGGUCUUGGGCUACAACUGCCUGGCACUCAGCAUGGCCGCUGGAUUCUUCAGCCCCUUUGGCGUUGUCUUGACUCCACCCCUUGCGGCGGCGUUCAUGUCGGCUUCUUCGAUAUUGAUCACAUUGAAUGGGCUUUGGUUACGCAGUAGAUUGGCUGCUUUGGAUGCGUAG